AAUAUUCAAAUCGUUCUGUUUCAAAAUUACUUUUUUUCCACUUAUACGACACUAAUCCAAACCAACAAUGACUCCUACACGCUCCGCCGCUGCCUGCCUCGUCCUCCUCCUCGCGGGAACGACCACCAACGCCUUCAGCCCCGUUGCCAAGACGACCCCCGUGGCCUCUGCCACCAGCACCACCUCCCUUCGAUUCGGAUUCCUGAAGGAGCUCGGACUCGAAAAGCCGAGCUGGUUGCCCGACUUUGGAGGCAAGAAGGGGGAGGAAGUCCCGGCGCCCGCAGCCGUGGAGGCCGAAGACGCCGAUGCCCCCGCCGACGAGGCCGCCGACACCCCGGAGGAAUAAGCGAUGGAUGCAAUGCAUGCCGGUGUAUACCGAUGCAUGCGCGCAGGAUACCUGUGUUAGGACCCGGAUCCUUCCACGGAGGGAACGAUGGAUGGAUUGCUUGCUAGAUUUGCACGAAACGAACGGAUGGCCGUCUUGCGAGUUCCCUGAAUUUUGCUGGCACCAGACAAACCAAACACACACCAUCACGCAAACUACACAAACAUACAACUCUGCCACUACAUUUCGUACGGAACGAGUCCUCCACGUAGACAAUUUCAUUUGACAAAUACCAUUACUAGGCGAACAUUUCCGUACCAUGCAAUAACGCCAGACGCAAUAG